UGCUCCGACGCAGCAAGCCUGUGAGGAGUGCAGUAGCUAAUGAGAAUUACUUAUGUCUGUGCCAAAAUAUUUGAUCUCGACUGAAGGCGGAGUCCACGAACCGCUGCUAUCCUCGCAACACACAACCAAGGCAACAUCGGAGCGAAACAUGUCCGUAUCGCGGAAGAGCGACGCCAACGACGAAGAUUUUAGCGACAUUCAGCCGGUGGUCCAGACGCACAGCUUCUCUUCGGAGCCUUUUCACCGGUUCGGGAACACCGGCUUCGAACACAUGAGACAAGCCACAGCUCAGGGGCUCGGCGGCGGCGGUGCUGGUAACGGGGUUGGUGGGUCUGGGGAUAAAUUCUCCGGCGGCGUAGACGCCAACAGCGACCCUGAGGUGGCGGCUUUUGCAUACAACGAGCGGACCGGGAUCCCUGCGGCAGCGGACUACGAGAUCUCUCAACCAUUCGGCCACAGUACUUUUUCCACCGCCAUAAACACAGGUUCUGGGGAUUCCAACGUGUACUACAAGGACGACGAGGGAAGAACCAAGUUCGAGGAAGCGGCUCUCUAUGUGAGGGAAGGAGAGUUGAAUGACAAGUUCUACAGCCACCCGACUGGACGAUGGUCCAAGCUGGCCUACCAGAUUCUGCACCACCCCGUCUUUCACGUGUUUGACCUGAUGCUCUCCAUUCUGCUGAUGCUCCUGGCCAUCAUCGAGAAACCUUCUGUCCUGGGAGCCAACCCAACUGAACAGCCUCUUGUCACGGUACACGGAGUGCUGGAGCUAGUAGUUCUGGGUCUGUUGGGGGUGGACAUAAUCCUCAGACUCAUAUGGCUCUCUCCUAGACACUUUUUCAGACAUCGUCGCACCAUGUUUAUCACGGUCAUGUUGUUUGUGAUGGGCAUAGAGGCAUUUGUGGUGCUCGUUCGUCAGCAGAGCCACUUGCGGAUCACGCGGGCACUUCGCCCUGUGUUUUUCAUUGACACUUACCUCAUGCUCGGAGUCAGAAGGGUUCUGCGGCAGAUUUUCCAGAGUUUAAAGGUCAUUGUCGACGUCAUUCUCUUACUCUUCUUUGCGGUGGCCUUCUUUGCCUUGAUAGGCUACUACCUGUUUGCUGAAACGGACCCCACCUAUUUCGACACUUUUGGGCUUUCCUUUGUCAGCCUCUUCAUCACUACUACCACUGCCAAUAAUCCCGAUGUGAUGAUGGAGGCCUACAAUCGUGGCGAUGCCAGUCCCAUCUUCUUCAUGGUCUACAUCAUCAUCACCCUCUACUUCAUCACCAACAUUCUGCUUGCCGUGGUGAUCAGCAACUUCGCAGCAGAGGAGAAAGAGAAGUUCCGUAAACUGUUUCUCCACAAGAGAGAGGCCCUGAGACACGCCUAUAGAGUCCUCGCCGGCCGCACGGGAAUCACGUUUGACGACUUUCUCGCCUUCAUGGAGCACUAUAGGCCUCGCAUGCCUGAGUGGCAGGUGAUGUGCGUGUUUAAGGCGCUCCACGUGAAUCCCAACGACCAACACUCAGAGCUUCGAGAGGCCGAGUUCUACGACUUCUACGAAGUCCAGAACCUCAAAUGGAGGGAGGUGACUGAAGAGGGAGAGGACGUGCUGUGGUUCAACAAAUUCCCGCCUCCUGUCAAGAAAGUCUUUCUCAAGAUACACGCUCUAGUCAAAUGGGAGUGGUUCAAUUCCAUUAUAUACUUUGUCAUCAUCAUGAACAUGAUAUUCCUCGUCAUUUACACUGCCUUCAUAACGGAAUCGGAGGCUCCUGAUCGUUUCAAACAGAUCAACAUUGUCCUUCCUCUCUCGUUCCUAUUCCUCCUCGGUUAGCAUCUACCGUGUGACUCUUUAUACAUCUUCACUGCACACGUAUAUUUUUUGCCUCCUCCUCACGAUUUUGAACUUUCACAAAAACAUUUGCCCUGCCAUAGCUCACCCUUUUCCCUAAGCCAUACCCAAAAAUUACACGCUGCAAAAAAUCAGUACUGUUUUUCGUGCAGUGUACAUCGUGGAGAUAAGUCUGAAGAUUCUGGCUCUUGGUCCAAUCCAGUACUUCAAGAAGUUCUGGAACAUGUG